GAACAGGAAGAGAACGGCGCGGCACGGAGCAGCCACCCUCUGACCAUGCCCCGGUGAGGGGGGCGGACUUCGAGGGCAACUCGUCGCGGACUGCCGGGGCUUAGCCUGCAAACUGCGAGCAGCCAGGGACCUAAAACUGCACGGCACGGCCUGGCGGGGGGCUAUCGUCUAUGUCUUCUUGGAGAGCCAGGCGGAUACGGGUCUCGUUUUUGCAGGAAGAGCCCAGAGCUGGUGCGUUCGGGUGGCUGCUGCCGCCACUGCUAGUGCUGUUUCCGCCGCCUGUGCAAGGAGCAGAGACCGGUGAGCAAGGAGACCUCCUGGGCAGCGAGGCAUCGGUCAUGUGUCAGCACGUCUGGGGCUCACGUCCGUCGAGCCCGAGGGGAAAUUUGCUGGAACAGUUCAAACUGCGAUAUUGAUUUUGGGGGUGACUGUCCCUGGCCGACUAUCCGGUGGAAGUGCGAGUGUGCGCUCGCUAGGAAGUGUGCGUGUGUGCGUGUGUGUGUUCCUUGUGGGGCUCCCCCUUGCCCCCCUGUUUUCACGUCGAGUGAUGCACUUGGAAUGAGAAUCAGAGGAUGGAAAUAGUCUGGGAGGUGCUUUUUCUUCUUCAAGCCAAUUUCAUCGUCUGCAUAUCAGCUCAACAGAAUUCACCAAAAAUCCACGAAGGCUGGUGGGCAUACAAGGAGGUGGUCCAGGGAAGCUUUGUCCCAGUUCCUUCUUUCUGGGGAUUGGUGAACUCAGCUUGGAAUCUUUGCUCUGUGGGGAAACGGCAGUCGCCAGUCAACAUAGAGACUAGUCAUAUGAUCUUUGAUCCCUUUCUGACACCCCUUCGCAUCAACACUGGGGGCAGGAAGGUCAGUGGAACCAUGUACAACACUGGAAGACAUGUGUCCUUGCGUCUGGACAAGGAACACUUGGUUAACAUAUCAGGAGGGCCAAUGACAUACAGCCAUCGGCUGGAGGAGAUCCGGCUACACUUUGGGAGUGAGGAUAGCCAAGGGUCAGAGCACCUCCUCAAUGGACAAGCCUUCUCUGGGGAGGUGCAGCUCAUCCACUAUAACCACGAGCUAUAUACCAAUGUCACAGAAGCUGCAAAGAGCCCAAAUGGAUUGGUGGUAGUUUCUAUAUUUAUAAAAGUUUCUGAUUCAUCAAACCCAUUUCUUAAUCGAAUGCUCAACAGAGAUACUAUCACAAGAAUAACAUAUAAAAAUGAUGCAUAUUUACUACAAGGACUUAAUAUAGAAGAACUAUAUCCAGAGACUUCUAGUUUCAUUACUUAUGAUGGGUCCAUGACUAUCCCACCCUGCUAUGAGACAGCAAACUGGAUAAUAAUGAACAAACCUGUCUAUAUAACCAGGAUGCAGAUGCAUUCCUUACGUCUGCUCAGCCAGAAUCAACCAUCUCAGAUCUUUCUGAGUAUGAGUGACAAUUUCAGGCCUGUCCAGUCACUCAACAACCGCUGCAUCCGCACCAACAUCAACUUCAGUUUACAGGGGAAGGACUGUCCAAACAACCGGGCACAGAAGCUUCAGUAUAGAGUAAAUGAAUGGCUCCUCAAGUAGGGAACCAAGCCAAGAAGAAUUCCACCUCAGUGAAAUGCUACGACUGUGAAUUGAUGUAACCUAAAAUGUCCCUCUUCUUUCUUCUCUCUCCUUCCCUCCUUCAAGCUUCAUUCACUCUUUGGAUUGGCCCUUCCUUCAUGAAAACUGUCUGCAAAACCUUGGCAGAGGAGUAAAACUCUUACACACACACACAAACACGCACACAUGCAAAUAUAUAUACAUACAAACACACUCACACAGCACCCAAGAUGGGAAGUCAAGUUUCAGAAACAAAAGGCUCAUUCAUUAAAGGUUUUAGAAUAAAAUAACCAACUAACCUGAGUAUAAUUUUGAUACUGUUUUCUGGAACAAAUGAAUCUACCCAAUGAGAAUUUUCAGUCUUUGUACAUACAAAAUUCUUCUGAGAGAGAGGAGAAAACACAGCUCUGACAGCAUCACGUGGACUUUGUUCUUUGCAUCAAGUAAUCUUGGAUAGUGUCCUAAGAUCCUUUAAAGGUGCUGGUAACAGGUGAGCCAGGAUACAGUUAGCCAAGGACACAUUUCUAGAUUAUGAUUCUUCCAUCUACUCAACAAUUCUAAAACAAAAAGGACAGAUAUUGAAGAGAUACACAUUGUGUAUGUGUGUGUGUGUAUAUAUAUAUAUAUAUAUAUAAAAUCACCACAGACUAUUAAAAAAUGGAAAUUGCUCCUUUUUGUCAUAUAUCUAUACUAGGAUUUGCCAAGUUCAGAUUGAUCCAUUGCUGUUUCUUGUUUUCCAAAGGUCAUACAUUGUGUUUGGUUAUUGUUAAAAGCUCAAUAAAUGUGUUUAACAAGUUAAUUUCAUUUUUCUUGCUUUGAUCUAUUCUCCUUCCUUACAGGCUAAGCUCUGUCUUCAUACAACAGCAUUAUUGUUUUUACUUGUUCCUUCAUAUAUGUUUUGUUAAUUUGCAGCCAGUUUUUUACUGAAGUUGUGGCAAUCAGGAAUGCAUUUGAUAAGCUAAGCAUAAUUUUAAUUCCACUCCAUGGCUUGAUCAUGAAUAGGAGGUGAGCUUCAUCCUGAUAUAGCAGGCAACAGAUUCCUUGCAUUUCAAAACUUCUACCCCCAUGCCAAUGAUGCUCCCUUGAAGGAAUGCACUUUGCCUUGUAAUUUCUGCAUAAGGGGUGUCUUUUCUCUCCAGGUGCAACUGGAUCUCACAAAGUACAAAUGAAUGCCUUUCUUUUCUUGUUUAUAAUGGUCACUCACUGUGUUUGGUUACUGUCAAGAAAUCAAUAAAUGUGUUUAACAAGUUA